CUCUCUCUCUCCUCUCUUCUCUCUCUCUCUCUCUCUCUCUCUCUCUCUCUCUCUCGUAUCUGAAACCGAAGAAUUUCACGGCUACAUAUUCAACGGAAGAAGAAAAGUCAUCAAAAUAAGGAUGCGACCCCCAAGCUCUCUAAAGGAAGAAUUCCUCAAGAAAUGGCAAAUGGGUCUUGAAAUAUUCCAUUCAUCAGUGGAAAACACGAGUGUCGUGGAACGUAGGAAGGCCAUAAAGCUCACGGCCGACAUCGCCAUGGCUUCCCUCCGAAAGGGCACGACUUGUUGGAGCCGAGCCCUAAUCGCCAAAACAGCAAACUCCAAAGACAAACUCAACAAUCUUCUCGUUCGCCGGAUUCUUAGUAGCAUCCAAGCCGAUAAGCUAAUCAACAAGAAGCUGCCAAAGACGGUGUGUCACAAGAAGAUCGUGAAACGGAGCAAGAAGUUCUUGAAGAGGAGAUCAUCAUCAUCAUCAUCACCAUCGUCAAGAGAUGACGUCAUUCGGAAGAUGGCGAAGAGUCUGGUGGAGAGGAAAACGCAAGGGCUGAGGAGUUUAGUCCCAGGAGGAGAGUUCAUGAGAAACGAGUUCUUGUUGAUCAGAGAAACCCUAGAUUACGUAACGUUGCUUCAGAUGGAAGUAGACGUUAUGAGACGUCUUGCCGAUGCUGCGGAGGCCGAAAUGGUCGGUAAAUGACAGUUUCUUUAUAAAAAACGGCUCUUUACGAGAUGAGCAUCGGAUCUUGAUUGGUAAUUUUCGGACAAUGGGAUGAUAUAUACGAGGCUAAGAAAUGUAUAGUAAGCUGUAUUUGUACAUUACACCAAAAAAAAAAGUUGUAUUUGUACAUAUGCAAGUUUGAUUUCCACGUCGCGUUUUUCGCAUAA